AUGUUCCGUCGCCCAGGUGCUGGCCGUUCCAAGGCUUCAGCCGACACUCUCUGCCAGAAAUGCUUGCAACGUGGACAUUACAGCUACGAGUGUAAAGCCCCUGCCCAGGAGCGCCCUUACAAGUCGCGCCCAUCCAGGACACAGCAACUGCUCAACCCCAAACUGAAGCCUAAACUCACCACCGAGGUACCAGAGGAUCUAGUGCGGAAGAAAGGCAUCGCCGACGAGAUUCUGAAGAAAAAAGAAGACGAGCGCAAGCACGCACGCUCGCCCUCUACAUCGUCUGUCGACUCCGUCUCCACCAUAUCUACCAACCGAUCACGGUCACGAUCCCGUUCACCACCACGCAGAAAAUACCAUGACGCAAGACGCCGAGACCACGACGACAAAGCCCUACGCAAACGAAGCAGACGAUCAGUCUCAACCAACUCGCGCGCCUCACAAGACUCAGACAAGGGCGAUAGAAAUAUCCGACGACGCAUGAGCUCGUUCAGCCCCGACGAGCGCGGCCGCCGACGAACGAGAUCACAGUCGAGAUCCAGAUCAGCACGUAUGCAAACAUCCCUUGAGACUGCUCGAGGCAGGAUACCACACAGCAUGGGCGGUAGCGUCCGGUCACGUAGCCGCAGUCGCAGCACUAGACGAGACAGAAAGCGGCCGGGCCGGCGGUACUCGGUUUCGCGGUCACGAUCCGGGAGCGCGGAUCCCAUGGACACUUCGGAUGAGCGACACCCCGCGCCCAACGGGGCCGCGCCAGGAGCCAGAUGGGAAGCCUCGCCUCCUCCAUCAGCGAAGCGCCCGUCUUCGCGUUCACGUUCGCCCUACCGCGAUAGUCGCGAUCGCAGCCCCAGUCCGUUUUCGAAGCGUAGAGCCCUGCGCCGGUCGCGAAGCCCGCGCGAGGCGAGGAACGGGGGGAGGAGACGUGUGAGUCCGAGUGGAAUUGCGAGGAAUAGGUUCGAGGGGUAUCCUUCUGCACCUCCGGUGCAGGCAGCGCCUCCACCAGCUCCCAGGGAGCGCAGUCUGAGUCCAUACAGCAAGCGGUUGGCUUUGACGAAAGCUAUGCACAGUGGAUAA